AUUCGGCCCAAUUUUUUAAUUUCGGAUCCAGAAGCUGAUAACCUUUUUUUCCCCCCCCCCCAAAUGUUAUUAUAGUCCAUCAACUUGUCUUCUCUGUGUGGUUAGGGUUUAUCACUGAGGGUGUGAACUCCAAUGGCGAAACCAGGUAGAGGCCGUGCGGCUUCACCAUCAGGCUCAUCUUCUCGCUCUCGAUCUCGGUCUUACACUCCUUCAGACUCGCGGUCUUCCAGUUCGCGUUCUCCGUCUCGAUCUAGAUCUCGUUCUAGAUCAAUUUCUUCGUCUUCUUCUGCUUCUCGAAGUGCUAGUUCACGUAGUCCUACACCUCCUCCUCGCCUUCCUCCUCCUCCUCCUCCGCCAGCUCGAAGUCCUGCUGGAGCAUCAAAGCGAGGCCGCUCACCGCCACUGCCACCGCCACCAGAGUCUAAGAAAGCUUCCCCACCUCCAAGGAAAGUAUCUCCUAUACCUGAGUCGCGUGUGAUUCAUGUGGAUCAGCUCAGCAGGAAUGUUAAUGAAAACCAUUUGAAAGAAAUAUUUGGUAAUUUUGGUGAAAUUCUGCAUGUGCAGUUGGCCAUUGAUCAAGUUGUUAAUAUUCCGAAAGGGUUUGCUUAUGUUGAGUUCAAGACUAGAAUUGAUGCUGAGAAAGCCCAACUAUACAUGGACGGUGCACAGAUUGAUGGGAAAGUAGUUCAUGCCAGGUUCACCCUGCCAGAGCGAAAGAAGGCUGCCUCACCUCCAAAGGCUGUUGCAACUUCCUCGAGAAGAGAUGCUCCAAGAACUGAUAAUGUCCCUGUUGAUGUGGAGAAAGAUGGAAAAAAACGGCAACAAGAGUUGUCUCCUCGUCGAAAACCGGCCUCUCCACCGCAGAGGUCUCCUAUAGGACGAAGAGGAUCUCCUAGACGUGGGCUAGAUUCUCCUGUUCGUCGACGUGUUGACUCUCCUAUUCGCCGCCGAGCAAAUUCUCCUUUUAGGCGUGGCAGUCCACCGCCCCCAAGGAGGAGGCCUGGAUCUCCCAUUAGACGCCGUUCACCAUCCCCUCCACCAAGACGUCAUCGGACACCUCCUAGGGGCUCUCCCAGAAGAAUUCGUGGCAGUCCUGUUCGUAGACGUUCUCCACUUCCACCAAGGCGACGUUCUCCACGACGUGCUAGAAGUCCACCCAGAAGAUCUCCGAUUGGUCGUCGAUCUAGCCGUUCACCUAUUAGGAGGCCUAUCCGUUCACGAUCAAGAUCCAUCUCUCCUAGGCGAGGAAGGGGUCCAGCUGCAAGACGUGGGAGGUCAUCGUCCUAUUCUUCUUCUCCCAGUCCUCGCAAGGGUCCCCGCAAGAUUUCAAGGAGCCGCAGUCCUAGAAGGAGGCCUUUAAGAGGGAGGAGCUCCAGCAAGAGUGACAGCAGCAGUUCGCCUCCUCGUAGGCCCUAAGUUAUUGUUCUUGCAAGGAAUCCCGACAUUGCCUCUUAGUGAAAGUCCGUGAGGACACCCCUUCACCUUGAUUGCUUCAUUUGAACGUAACUUCAAUUAUUGUAUACCGUUGUCCAAACUAACAUAAUUUUGGUUAGUUGCAUUGCUUUGCUUCUGAUUUCUUCCAAUGACAGUAAACACAUAAUUGGAGAACUAUGUAGAGAAACAUCAGAGAAUGAUCUUUUGUAGCAAUAUUGUCUGGGCUUUCUUGCUUA